AUAUAUGCUCAUCGUAGGACAUUGGAACAUAGAACAACGUCCUGUACUCCUAAAUGUGAGGGCAUACAAGUAAUCAAUAGUGCAUUCAAGUGCAGGAUAAUUAGUUAUAGAGUGCAUAGUGACACCAAACAUACAGAUUAUGUAAUGUUUUUUGAUGAAGUGAAGGCGAAAAUAAUAAGUUUGUUGGAAGACAUCAUAAGGGUUCAUAAAUCUAUAAAAGUGAAUAUGGAAACUUUUGCUAAUUACAUAUUACAAACUCGCGAGACAUCCGAUGUAAAGGCAUUUAAUAGUUGCAAUAGGAUUAUCGACGAGUCGUUGGAUAUUAGUGACAUUUACAAAGACUUUGUAGACACGAUGACAUCUCAAACGUCAGAAUUUGAGGAGAAAGAUUCUGGUUGGGCUAUCGAAGAAAUAUUAUAUGUGGAGGUUAACGUAAAUAAAAACAGUCCUCUAUGUGGAUCUUCAUAUAUAAAGUUACCGAAGUUUGUGGAAAACAAGAAAGCUGUGCCAUGA